CUUCGAUUCUCCACGGGCGCAACACCACCACGCAAGAAAAGCAAACCAGCAUGAAAUAUCUUGAAAAAUGGAAGGCUGAUUCCCGAUUUACGGGAUGGUUGACGAAAUCAAAGCAUGGACCAUCGCAUGCAUAUUGUCGAUUGUGCAACCGGGACUUCAGAGUAGAUAACGGGGGUCUCAACGAUGUUACGAAGCACUUCAAUACGGGAAUGCAUAAGAACAACAGCAAAGCCCAGAACUCGACACCAGCUGCUUCCAUUUUCUUCGCCAGUUUUAAACUGGACCAAGAUGAAGAUGUCAUGCGUGCAGAAGUUUUGUUCUCAUACUUCGUGGCAGAACACAGCAUUCCCUUCCUGGUUGCAGAUUGCUUCAUUAGACUCUGCAAGCCAUGUUCCCUGACAGCAAGAUUGCCUCCAAGUUUUCCUGUAGUCGCACCAAGACAUCACAGAUUGUCAAGCGUUCUCUUGCUCCAUCCUUGCAUCAGGAAGUCGUGGAACAUCUGAAGAAUAAACCCUUUCUCCCUAGCCAUUAAUGAGAGCAAUGACAGAAACUGUGACAAGUCCUUGGCCAUACUUGUGAGAUAUUUUACAGACAGAUCACAAACCAGUUUCCUUGCCAUGCCCAUCUGCAACAUCGGCACUGCAGCAAACAUCUUUGAGCAUAUUCAACAGGUGUUCAUCGACAACAACAUCCAAUGGUCCAAUCUCAUCUCUUUCAUGUCCGACAACUGUAGUGUGAUGACUGGCAAGACAACUCAGUGGUCACUAGGAUUAAGGAGAAGACUCCCUCCGUGUUCGACUUUGGUUGUGUUUGCCACCUGGCAAAUCUUUGUGCAAUCGCUGGAGUAAAGGCCCUGGCCCUACCUAUAGAAGACCUCCUCAUUGAAGUGUUCUUUCAUUUCCACCACAGUUCUAACAGGAAAGAAAAAUACAAGGAGAUUCUAGAAUUCACAGACACAGAGCCCAUCAAGAUCCUGAAACACUGCAGCACCAGAUGGCUUAGCUUGGAUAAGUGUGUGAAUCGUUUGCUGCAUUACUGGCCAGCCUUCCAGAGCUAUUUCAACUCGCAUGAAAAUGUGGAGAAACCUGGACGAGUGAAACGCUGUGCCUCCUAUCUCAACAACCCAGAGA